GUUAUCCUAAUUCCUAUCUUCUUCUUCUUCUUCUUCUUUCUGUGUAGACAACCGGAAGACCAACAAUGGAGCUCUGUAUCGGUUCCAGUAGUUCCUCAAGAGUGGUUCUGAACCUAAGUUCCUCUCGCCCUUCUUCUCAAUUCCUUAUCCGUACGGCCUCUGUUUCUCUGUCAUACCCUCUUCUCCAAUACAAGACCAGAGGUUCUGUUUCUCUUAGACUCCCAUUUGCUUCCCGCCAAAGCUACCACUUCCAUCGUCGAAGUUCUUCACCCUUUGUGGCUUCAGCUUCUUCUUCGUCUUCGGUUGCUGUGGGCGCCGAGAAAGACCGGCUUCCGGCUAGUAUCGAGGUCACUGAGACUGAAGAACCCAACUCAAGGGUUAAACUGACUGUAGAUGUUCCUUCAGCAGUCUGUGAUGAUUGUUACAGUAGGGUCCUAAACGAGUUCAUGAAGCAAGCAAAGGUCCCUGGAUUUCGCCCUGGAAAGAAAGUACCAGAAGAUGUUAUUGUAAAUUACGUUGGGAAGAAAAAUGUUCAGAAGGCUACUGUUGAAUCUAUUUUAAAAAGGACCCUUCCCCAUGCAAUGUCAUCGGUGACAGGUAAUGCACUGAAAGACUCGAUCCGUAUUGUAACUAAAUUUUCUGAUAUGGAGCAGGCCUAUUCAUCUCAUAAUUCUCUCAGUUACGAUGUCAUUGUUGAUGUGGCUCCUGAAGUGAAAUGGAUUACUGAAAAUGGAUACAAGAACUUGAAGAUUGUGGUUGAGAUAGACAGUGACAUAGAUGCUCAAAAAGCCUCUGAACAAGAAUUAAGACGCCGCCAUAAGUCCCUAGGUUCAUUGAGAAUUGUAACUGACAGGGCAUUGCAGGUUGGUGAUGUUGCAGUCCUUGAUAUCUCAGCAACAACAAUAGAUCAAGAUGAAUCAAAUGUUCAGAAAAUCCCAUCUGCUGAGAGUAAAGGUUUUCAUUUUGAUACAGAAGAUGGCGAUAAAGUUCUUCCCAGUUUCCUUGAUGCACUAGUUGGAAUUCACCGAGGUGAAACCAAGUCCUUUCCACUUGUAUUUCCAGAUACAUGGACACAAGAAAAUCUCCGAGGUGUUCAUGCUCAAUUCACCGUUGAAUGCAAGGAAUUAUUUUACAGAGAUUUACCUGAGUUGGAUGACUCCCUUGCUGAUAAACUUGUACCUGGAUGCACCACUCUGGAACAAGUCAAGGAAUCAUUACUACAAAAAUGUUUAGAUUUCGAGCAAACAGCUAAAGAGCAAGCAACGGAUAAUGCCAUUCUAGACCAGCUUCUCAAGAUAGUGGAGAUUGACAUUCCUCAAUCCCUGUUUGAGGAACAAGGUAGACAGCUCUAUGGAGCAAGGCUUUUAGAGAUACAGGGAAAUAUGAAGUUAAGUGAUGAGCAGUUGGCUUCUUUAUCAAGUCAAAAGGCUGUAAAUGAGUUCCUUGAAAACCAGAAGGAAAAUAUUACAAAUAUGAUAAAACAGAAUCUUGCAGUGGGAGAUAUCUUUAAACGUGAGAAUUUGCAGUUUCCAACUGAGGAGCUUGUCAAAGAGGUUGAGAAUUCAAUUGCCGAAUUCAAACGUCAAAAACAAGAAUACGAUGAGGAGCGUGUGAGAAAUCAGGUUCAAGAGAUUCUAGAGGGGGCAAAGGUGCUUGAAUGGUUGAGAGAGCACGCAGAGAUUAAGUACGUGACUCGAUGAGGAAAAAAAAAUUUCAUUUUAUCAUAAGAGAAAGUACUGGAGAGGCUUUGCCACUUCUCAGAAUUUUGUUUCCCCCAGCAUAACAUUGUGAAAAAUGUGUAAUCUGUAUAGCAUCCUCUAAAAAUGAGUAGGAGAAUAGGAUUCAAUAUUAUGAGAAAGUGUACAUGCUUUGGAACUUGGAAGAAGUGAUCACAUUUUGGUCCAAGUACUCGAAAUCAAUUAUUAGAUCUCUAAGAUUACUGUAUGAUUUAA